AUGUCUGCGUCGCCCGACCCUCCCCAACAAUACAAGGCACGUCCAGCCGCCCUCGCCAUCCACGACGACGAAGGCACGCAACCCAGCGACGGCGACGACCAAAUCGACAAUUGCCAGCACCAGCACCUCCUGCAACCUCUCACCAUAAACGUAUCACACCAAGACAACGACGACAGCAACCAUUCGCGCUCAACAUCAGUCACGUCGUCGCUCGAUCCUUACUACUUUGGUCUUGCAGAGUCUCCUGAACACAACCCCAACCAGCUCAGCAUCACCCCAGAUCAUCCACCACCCAACGAACCAGUCACCCCUGCCCGAAAUCCCGCCUCAAUCGACAGACGUGGCCUGGUCGGCGUUGGCGAACUAGCCACGCCACGCUGGACUAGGGAUCCCAGCCCAGACCCACACCUUGAUGAUGACGUUCCACCUCUCCCUGAUCGCCCAGAGGAUGACGCCCCAGACAGUCCCUGGACAAUCGAAGCAAUAGACGGUGAGCUCUCAGACAGCGACGAGGUCAGUGCCCCAGCUCCUUUUCCUGCCAGCAACAACGUUCUUAUUUUUCUCAAGGUAAAAAUUCCGGAGCUACCACCACCGGCUCGACCUCUUCGCACCAGGCCAUCAAUUGCAGACGAGAGUGGUGGCGAGGAAAUCCUUUAUCCGCGAAACGUGAUUCAGUCCGUCCCCGACCACCCGCCGCCCACCGUGGUCCCUCCUCUCGACGACCAUAUCCCCAAACAGCCGCGAACUCCCGCGUCGGCGGACCCUCCCAUCAGUUCACCCCCAAGCGCCUUCUCGUCUUCUACUCGGAAGGCGCGGAAGCGAACCUCUGAUGAAUUUGAACUCGACCAAACAGGUGCUCUUGUUUCCAAGCGUGGCUCACUCAAGGAAAAGUCAAGAGAUGACGCGAGAGCAAGUAUUCGCAAGCAUCGUAGUCUCAAUGUCAGCACCUCGUCGUCUACUUCCCCACGCGACAGCAAAACAAGGGAGCGGAAGAGAGAGUCUAUUGGACUCGGACUUGCCAUCAGCAGCAGCGUCGUAUCUCCUAGGCUAGCUGAACGCCAUUCACGCCAGGCAUCCUCAAGCUCUGUAUCGUCGCCUUCUUCUGAACCUGCACCGGCAAGGCGGGUCCAUACCACCGAUUUUUCCCACCUACCACCAUCUCCUUCGUCCUCUUCCAUUCAACAAUUCCUUCGCCAAACAAUCCCAAAGGAGCCGCCGUCACUCCAUUCGCCCCCCAACGUCGCUCAUUCACUGCUUCGUGGCACUCAAGAGGGCUGGUCCGGUCUUGACGAUGAAGCAACAGCAGAAGCCUUACGCAAAUUGGACGGUCUCACUGGGAAGACGGCCCGCAGUCGAGCUAGCAUGACCAGCCUUGGUCGUGGUUCAAGUGCCAGUCGCCCCGGUACACCAGCCAAGAGUUCGCAACAAUGGGAAGGCAUCAGUGGUUCCGAGUCUGUCAGAUCAAAGCGAAUCAGCACUUUCAUUAGGGAAGGAGGGAAGGAACCCCGGUCGACCCCUAAUCCAUCCGAAGGCGCUCUGGAUUCAGAUUAUGUUGCCGUGUCUGUGUCCGGCGCAAUCAGCAGCGACGAGCCUCAUAUUAUCCAGGACAAGACCCCUAAGAAGCAAUCGAGACUGAGCUUCACUCCAAAACGAGGUUCCACUUCUUCAACCACAUAUGGAAGUACCCCGACCACCAGCUCGCGAGAUUCUGCUGGCACGGCUACCACUAACGCGACCUCUGUUUCUGCGACAUCCGGAGGUCGUGUCUCCUCCACCAAAGCUAGGAGAAAUAGUGCUGGUAGCGACGUGUCCAGCGUGCAUUCCAAUGAUCUGACGCUGCUCAAAGACCGCGCCGCACAUCUGGCAGCUACUGGAGAGUUGAUUGAUGACGCCCAUGUUCCUCCCGUGCCCCCACUUCCAAAAGACUUGUCGUCUUAUCGAUCUCCCCCAACCACUUCGUCUACCCAGACCUUCCGGUCGAUCCCCUCCGUCGAGGACCCAGACAUCCGGAUCAGUCAAGAUAGCGACAUCGAGAGAGCGUUUUCCUCGGACGUUUCCGCUGGUAAAGGUCCUCGGGUUGGCUCAUCCGCAACUCGACAGAGCCAAGCCAACCCUAACACUUCAGAGGCCGUGCCGAUUGUAAAGACCCCAUCGAAGAAGUGGAGUUUCUCGAGCGCCCUCAACCUCAAGCUGGCCAGUUCCCCAUCUUCUUCGAGCACAAAGUCGUCGUUCCCUUUGAGCCCCCGUUCUGUCGGCUUCGGCCACGGCUUGCGCAAAUCCUCUUCCAAGGAACAAACGUCGUCGGCAUCGUCAUCGAAGGCCCCUUGGUCUCCAGAGCAACCAGACGCAAUGGCCUCAGCAGGUUCGCUCGCGUCGCUGUCAUCGUUGGGUUCAGUUCGUAAUCACUCCCUCCAUCCAGACACCUCCAAGACGCCCGACAAGAACCGUCCGGGUACGGGUUCGAGCGUCAGCACAGCCGGACUGUCUGCCCCUUCUGGACCGUUAAGCCCCAGUGCCUCGAUCAAACGUGCACAGUCCAAACGACUGACACCGUCAUCCAUUCCUUUCUUCCGACGAUCGUCUUCGCAAUCCAUGCAAGUCCCUUCUUCCAGUGGAAGCGGACAUCCAUCGUCGCCGCCUCCUAGUAUGCCCACCAAGGCAUCACGCUCCAAGGCAAGCACGCCCCCUCACGACAUCAGCAUGACCUCUGUUUCCACACCGGGAAAGAAAGCUUCCGUAUUGAGUCUCGGACUCCCCUCUCUCCUCAAGUCCAGUUCGCGGAGAAGCCUCCAUUCCGACGCAAAGGAAGCCGCCAAAGAGCUCCAAAAGGCCAAAGAGGCAGCUCGAGAAAGUGACAGGGAAAAGGCAAAGGCGGAGAAGGCUGAAAAGGAAAGACAAAAGAAGGAAGACAAAGACCGGAGUGAAAGCCGCAUUUCUGUUUUAAUUAGCAGGAAGCGUGGAAAGACUCUGUCCGCGACAGAUCCUCGAAAGCCCAAGUCGCCAGUUACUCUGCCACCAAUGCAGAUAUCCGCCAUCGAGCCUGUGACAGCGCAAAGGGUGGCCAAACUCAAGUCCAGUUCGUCCCAAUCCACCACGUCCUCGAUCAAUAGCCGCACCUCUUCCUCUUCCUCUCGCGUCACCUCCCAAACCGCGAGCUCGAUGCAGAAGAUCUCCGACAGUUCUCUCCGAAGUCGCACUCAACUCCCGACGAUUGCCGGCUCACCAUCGGUUGGAACGAAUGGCACAAACAGCACUCAGAACACCAUUCGUGAGAAAGACCACAGCUCCUUGUUGUCGAGUUCGAUUUCUGGAUUACCCAAAGAAACGCCCACAAAGAUUCCGCGCAUUUCGAGUCGAACGUCGGCAGCUCCAAGUCCAUCGGGCAAGUCAACCUCAACCUUUGCCAGCCGACGCACCAGCAUGAACCCAGCUGCAAGUUCUUCAACAAACCCAUCUCCGAUUUCUCUCUCAACCAACGAGUUUGGAGUUAUCGACAACGAAGAUGGUGCCACUCCCAGGAAUCUUGCAAGGCAAUCUUCGAUCCGUGCCUCCCCGUCGACUUCGGCGUCAAGGCCUGCCCGACAAUCUUCCGCUAACACGAGCUCUACAUCCAGCAGUGCUUUGCGCAAGAGUACUCGCGAGUCUGUUUCGUUUAUUGGUUUGAGGAAAGCGUCAACAAGUUCUGUCAAUUCGACAUCAACACCUGGUACUUCCGGGACCACGUCAGAAUCGUCAGGUUCGCAUCGUUUCUCAGCGCUAUCGCCUUCCAAGGGCUUGAAGCUAUUGGGCCCCAAGUCGUCGCGUUCGGCAGCGUCUUCGUCUCAGAAUCUUCGUCAGAAUAUGAGCUCUCCCUCGUCCAGUCGACAAUCCUUGUCAACACCUUCCCCUGUUCCAAGCACUGUGGAUGAGGACGAACUCCUUGGAGACGAGGAAAUGAUGAACUAUAUUCGCCGUCAACAGGCCAAGAAGAAGGCUGCCGGUGCGACACAGGAGGAACUAGAGGAGAUGCUCAAGUUCCCCGAGCCCACCCCGCCUGUCCCUCCCGCUUCUCCUCAUCACGUCCUCAAAAGCUCCCAGGCCCAAUAUCUUUCCGACUACGAGAGGAAGGAAAUCCUCGACUAUCCUUCAGUAUACUUUAUCGGUGCAAAGAGCAGAAAGAAGAUGGCUACUCCUGACAUCACCACUAAUAAUUACAGCUAUGACGACGAACGUGGGGACUACCAAGUUGUGCUUGGUGAUCAUCUCGCAUAUAGAUACGAAGUUGUUGACACCCUCGGCAAGGGCUCUUUUGGCCAAGUUCUCAACUGCCGUGAUCACUGCACUGGAGAGUCAGUGGCGGUCAAGAUCAUUCGCAACAAGAAGAGGUUCCACCACCAAGCCUUGGUUGAAAUCAAGAUCUUGGACAAUCUGCGGAAAUGGGAUGCCGACGAGAAGCACCAUGUCUUGAAGAUGACUGAACAUUUCUACUUCCGCAAUCACCUUUGCAUUGCGACGGAAUUGCUCAGUAUCAACCUUUACGAACUCAUCAAAGCCAACGGUUUUGUCGGCUUCACCACCGCACUCAUUCGCAGGUUCACGACCCAAAUGCUCAUGUCUUUAUCCCUGAUGAGGCACCAUCGCAUCGUCCAUUGUGACUUGAAGCCAGAGAAUGUGCUCUUGCGGCAUCCUGCGAAGAGUGCUAUCAAAGUUAUCGAUUUUGGAAGUAGUUGCCUCGAACACGAGAAGACCGAGCUUUACACUGGCUUCCCUAUCUUCCCCGGUGAAAACGAGCAGGAGCAGUUGUCCUGCAUUAUGGAGGUUCUUGGUGUUCCCGAUAAGGAAUACAUCAAUCGCAGUUCCAGGAAGAAGCUCUUCUUUGACACAAACGGUGCUCCAAGGCCUGUUGUCAACUCGAAGGGUCGCCGUAGACGGCCAGGCUCCAAGACGCUCGCCCAAGUUCUCCGUUGCAAUGACGAGGAAUUCAUCGACUUCAUCGCCAAAUGCCUGGUCUGGGAUCCCGAACGACGAAUGAAGCCACAAGCCGCGAUGCGUCACCCAUUCGUUACUGCUGGAAAGCGAAAGGCGCAACAGCAGGCGGCCGCUCGGGCUACACCCUCGUCAUCCAGUCUCUCGAGCCAUCGUAGCAAGCAUAUCACCGAGACACCCAAGAAGUCGAUGAUCGGUGCACCCACUCCUUUGACUGCUCGAACGCCCCGUUCCUCUCAUACCAGCGGCGUUCCAAACACUCCCGGUUCAAGCUCACAUACUUCCUCUUUCGGCUCCUCCACUCGGUCUUAUCGCACUUCUCAGGGACACAGUCUUUCUUCAUCGGUUCAUUCCAGCCGUGUAAUGAAUGGAUACUCUUCAACAGCAUCAACCAAGUAG